AUGAAUUCUACGUAUGAUCCAAGUCCCGAUAAUAACAAUUGCAACCAAAAAAUUAAGGAUGAAGAAAUUUACACCGAACAUAAAAAUCGAAAUAACGAAGAAGCUUUAAAAGAAGAAUGUAAUAAUUCAAUAAUAUCCAAUUCUCAAAUAGAUUGCAAUGAUGUCAGAGUUAAAGUGGAAGUAAAAUCAGAAUUAGAAGAUAAUUACACUAAUAACGAAGAUAAAAAUAACAUAAAUUUCACUGACACCAUAGGUAUGAAGCUCGAAAACGAUGAAUUAAAUUACGAUAACAAUUACCGUGUCAACGAAAUAUGGCUAGACGAUAAAAGUUUGAUAAGCAGAAUGAGCGAUAGUGAUUUACUAGAAGAAUUCCAUUGUGAAACACAACUAGAUGAAUCUUCCCAACAACUCGAUAUCUCGAUGGAUAACGAAUACCAGUGCAAUAUAUGCCAAAAACCAUUUAACGAAGAGGCUACUUUUAAAAUGCAUUUAGCAAAUCAUUCCGAGGGAAAAACACAUCAGUGUAUAGUUUGCCAGAAAUCAUUUAAAACAAGCUCCAAAUUAAACGUUCACAUGCUAAUUCAUACAGGAGUAAAACGAUUUCAGUGCCACGUUUGUAAAAAGGCGUUCACUCACAAACACGUCUUAAAAAACCAUUUAUUCGUUCAUUCCGGGGAAAAAUUCCAAUGUAACUUCUGCGACAAAUCCUUCACUAGAAUAUGGAAUUUAAAAAACCACCUAGCCACUGAACACACCGGAGAAAAAAAGAUCCAAUGCAACAUUUGCCAGAAAUCGUUCACUACCAACAACAAUCUCAAAGCACACGCCGUAAUUCACACGGGGGAAAAGAAGUUUCGCUGCGAUAUUUGCAAAAAAUCCUUUACUCGCAACAACGAGUUGAAAAACCACUAUUCCGUUCACGAUCCGGAGAAGAGACACCAAUGCAGCUUCUGCGGGAAAGCGUUUACCAGAAAGGCCAAUUUAAAUUCUCAUCUGUCCGGUUUCCACAGCCAAGAAGGCAAAUUGGAAUGCGACAUUUGCAGCAAAACCUACGCCAGCAGCGCUAGUUUAAAAAAGCAUUUAAUAGUCCAUAAAGGAGAAAGAAACUAUCACUGUGUCAUUUGCCAGAAAUCGUUCGCUCGUAACAACGAAUUGAAGAAUCAUUUGCUGGUGCACAGCAGUGAAAAAUACCAGUGUGACAUUUGUCCGAAGUCCUACAGGCGCUCCGAUGAUUUACUGUCCCAUGUGGCUGUUCAUACGGGGGAAGCGAAGUAUCUAUGCGACAUUUGUCCGAAGUCUUUUACUCGUUCUUACGGGUUAAAGAGGCACUUGGAAUGCCAUGCAGGAGAGAAGAAACAUCAGUGUGUUAUUUGCCAAAAAUCGUACUCUACCAAAGGGAAUUUAAGGGCUCAUUUAGUGAGCCAUACCGGUGAAAAGAAGUACCAGUGUCAGUUUUGCCAUAAAUCGUACGUGCGCAAUUACGAUUUAAACACUCAUUUAUCUGUUCAUACAGGCGUGAAAAGGUUUCAGUGUAUCAUUUGUCAGAAACAUUUAACUAAUAGAACUAGUUUGAAAAUACACAUAGCUACGCAUACAGGAGAGAAGAACUUCCAGUGUAAUAUAUGCCAGAAAUCGUUUAUUCAGCGUAUUAGUUUAAAAAAGCAUAUUUUGAUCACCCACCAAGGAGCGAGGAAUUACCAUUGCGAUAUUUGUCAAAAGUCCUUUACUAGCAGUUUAAGUCUUAAAUACCAUUUGGCCCUUCAUAAGGGCGAGAAGAAUUAUCAUUGUAAUAUUUGCCAGAAAGCGUUCAUACAGCCCAGCGCCUUAAAGACUCAUCAGCUAAUUCAUACGGGAAAGAAAAAGUACCAGUGUAAUGUUUGUCAGAAAUCGUUUAUUCAGCGGAGUAAUUUGAAAAAUCAUAUGCUAACUCAUUGUGGUGAAAAGAAGCAUCAAUGUAAUAUUUGCCAAAAAACGUUCAAGUACAAAAUUACUUUAAAAAGACACUCGGCAAUUCAUACUAGCGAAAAAUACCAAGUGGGCAAAUUCGACUGGAAGAAAUCCUUCAUAGGAAAACCCAAGUUCGCGGAGAUAGAAUCCAAGAGAGUGGUAGUGAUAACCGAAGAGAACGUUCUAGCAUGCCUGAACGCCAAAAACGGCCAAAUACUCUGGAGACAGAUACUGGAGAGCCCCAAAGAACACGACGUGAAGCUGCUGCACCUGGACAAAGACAUAUUCACGGUGUCUGGUGGCAGCAACAACCACUGGAUCGUUAGGGGUUGGGACCUAGUCAGCGGGUCUCUGACCACCGAAUGGCCCGUAACGACGCCCUCCUCCUCCGAAUUUCUCAUCAUCAACGGCCGAUUGGUUGUAGUAACCCCGAUAACCGGUUCGCACUUGGAGGUAACUUCUUACCAUCUCUCGAGUUCCCAGGCGGAUAAUUCGUUAAAAAUUCUUACACCCUGGUUGACGGAUCCUUCGAAUUGCAUAUUCGCGAAAUCCUACUACGUUUGCAUAUCCGGCAAUGACUAUUUAGGUCAAUUAUAUUAUAUUGAUUUUCUUUCGGACAACGAUACGGUGAAAUCCAGAUCGAUUCAAAGCGUUUUCGACGGCGUCUUAGGCCCGGUGUAUUUGCUGGGAUUGAAUUUAUGCACGUCCGCUUUUCUACUAGUCUCCCGAAACAAAAACAAGCUGAUAGAAAUUAACGAUGGCAACCUCGAGAUCAAAUCGUACGAUGUUUCGACGAGCUCAUUCAUCGAUAAAACUGAGAAAGAAACGUUGUACCAGUUAGAAGCGAGUACCAACCCCGGUAAAUUAAUCACAGUAAUAACCAAAGAUGUCACGACGGGACAGGAAUUGUCGAAGAUCGAUUUGGAGUAUCCCAUCGGCCUGGGAGCCCCGACUAUAAUAUCCAGUCUGCAUAAGAACUCCAACGCUUACCUGCUACUCAGCACGACCGAUAAUGCUUUACUUCUGAUCAAGCUCCCCGAGGGUAAGGUACAAUGGACGAGAGAAGAGGCCUUGAGCGACAUCGUAGCCACCGAAUUCUUCGAACUGCCCGUUUCUGAAAUGGACGCCUCCAUCGAGAACGAGUUCAAGACGAAUUCGAACAACGCCUUCAACAUGCUCAUGCACAGGCUCACCAGCCAAGCGAGGCAGCUGUCGAAUUUUGUGUUCGGCAGCCAGUUAUUGUCCGACAGCGGCCUGGUGAGGGACGAAUUCGGCUUUCAUAAACUCAUUGUCGUGGCUACGAAGGUGGGAAAGUUGUUUGCGAUCGAUACGAUAUCCGGUUCGAUCGCUUGGAGUUAUAGGCUACCCAACGUGAGGCCUUUUGGAGUGUUGGACGAGGAAAAGAUGCUUCUGUUUGUUCAACGAACUGCUAGGUACGCUCCACUAUCGGCGCAAUGUAUGCUCUUGGCGGAAGAUUCAGUUUCUGGAAAUUCCAUAGUAUUUCAAUUCGAUCCCAUAACGGGUUACUCGAAGACCGGAAUAGAAAAAUUGAACUACAAAAUCCUCCAAGCCGUUUUGCUGCCGCACGAAGACGAAAACAAUCUAAAACCUGUCGUACUGAUUUCAUCCAACUACGACGUAUUCGUUAACCCACAAUCAGCCAAAUCCUUAGUGUACGAACACAUCAAACAAACCCACGUGUUUCUGAGCGACAGCGCCAGCGGAGUGCUGAAAGGCUUCAAUUUCCAUCACAGCACUGAGGACAACUUCCAGUUAACGCCCACCUGGGAGGUGAAAUUGAAUCCCUCAAAAGUGGUAUCGGUAAACGUCAAGCAUCCCCAAGAAAGGGUGCAUUCGCAAGGAAGGGUCCUGCCCGACAGAUCCGUUUACUACAAAUACGUAAACCCUAAUUUGAUCAGCGUGGCUACCGUCAGCGAGGAUCCAGUCAGCAAGCACGUCCUCAGCGUGUAUCUAAUAGACGGCGUGACGGGUUUGGUCAUGUACUCGGUGUCCCACAAGCGGGCCAAGGGGCCCGUGCACUUAGUGCACUCGGAAAACUGGCUGGUCUAUUCGUACUUCAACGAGCGCUAUCGAAGAACCGAAGUGGUAUCGGCCGAACUGUACGAAGGCCGCCUGCAGAAGAACAGCACGGUGUUCAGUUCGCACGCCGUCAGCGUUCUGCCGCACAUCCAAUCGCAAUCGUACAUUCUGCCGGCGAAUCCCGUCACGUUCGCUGUCACCCUGACGGAAAAGGGCAUCACGAAUAAAUUCGUGCUGAUCGCCCUGUCGACGGGCGCCGUCGUGGAGAUACCGUGGCUGUUGCUGCAGCCGCGGUUCAACGAGAUACCGUGCGGGCCGGAGGAGAGCUGCAUUCCCUACAUGCCCGAGAUACCGCUGCCUUCGGAGGCGGUCAUCAACUACAAUCAGACGUUGAACCGAGUGAGGGGCAUCGAGGUGGCGCCGGCCAGGCUGGAGAGCACCAGUCACGUGCUGGUGCACGGCUUGGACAUGUUUUAUACGAGGGUGGCGCCGUCGAAGACGUUCGACGUGCUGAAGGAGGACUUUGACCAUUUGAUGAUCGUUUUGGUACUGACGGGACUCGUAGUGGCGAGCUAUUUCACCAAAUAUUUGGCGUCUAAAAAGACUAUGAAGAUGCUUUGGAAAUGAUAGGAUGUGUUUGUCUAGUCGAAUUUCUGUUGAGUAAGUUUUUUUUUAUGAUUUAUAGAUGGAUGGGAAUACACAAUAUUGCAACAAGCUUAUGUCAUUGUUAUGCUUGUUGCAUUAUGUACUAAUAUUCUUAUCCGUUCAAAUGUUCCGAAUGUUAAUAUAAAAGUUGAAGUGAUAUUGCUCAAAACGUAUUUUUUUUUGUUGUAAUUUAAGAAGUUUGGACCAUUUCAGCAUUUUGUUGUUAUUAAUUUAUAGGAAACAACACUACACUCUAGAGUACAAUAAUAAUAUUAAUGUAAUGUUAUACGUGAAUGUGGUUCAAAAUUGCACUAAAAUGUAAUUGAGACGUUUCUGUUAAGUGUAAACAAUAAGAGAUUAAAAGGAUGACACCCUAACAAAAAAGCUCCUCCAAUUUGAGCUCAAUUUGCUGCUAAUAUCAACUAUUAGAUCAAAUUUUGACUUCGGACAUCUUGCAUAAAUUCACUAUUUUAGAAUAUAGUGCCUAACAGGAUUUUAAUAACUUCAGUUUUAUACUAUAAAAAAAUUAUGUUUAUUAACACUAUGCAAAUUGGUAGAUUAGAAAAUUUUGUGGAACAAUCACAUUCUUUUGUAUGCUAAUUUAUCAGGUAAUUUGUGAUUCAAUUUUUACAUUAAACCAAAAAACAAUAUAGAAAAUAUGUAAGGACUUAUAAUUAUUAUUUUGUAGAUAAAUAAUUUGGGUGUUAGGUAAAAUUUUGUAGUCGUACACGUAAAAUCUUUCUGUAGUCUACAGAAAAGAGAUUGUGGAUUGUGGGUAUCUGUAAUAAAGGUAAUAGGAAAAAAGUAUUGUUUAAAUUAUUAUUCACGCUUGGAAUUAUUUUAAUUUGUAAUUUAUCGAAUCGAGUCAUUCCUUAUUUGUUUCUAAUGAUUAAUUUCGCAUUGCAAUCUUGUAAUAUCAUUGAUCAAUAUCGUGUGUUCGGAUAUGUCACUUUUGUAGCAAUAUAUGUUUAAAAUAAAUAUUAAAAAUUACAGGUUUU